AUGAAAGGAGAUAUCAUAAGACUAUUGCUUUCAUAUGCUACAGUCUUGGGAGGCCCAGCUUCUUACUUCUUGUUCUGUCUCCCGUUUUACUACACUGCUUUCAACAAGAACCAACAUGCUUAUUCAGAAAGUCCAUUCCGCCCACUGAUCAUGUUUGCCUACCGUACCAUCAUGUAUUUUUAUACCGGGCAUUAUGUGGCUGCCAUUAUCGCUGUUAUCGUCGGACUGGUUACAAGUCUCCUUCUCGCAUUGAUUUUGACCUUCUUUCUCGUUUGCCCUUUGGUCAUUCUCCUCAACUGGUUCUCUGCAUCAUAUCAGCUUACUAUCUCUGUAAUUUCUAUCCAUAGACUUAUAAAUAGUCGUCGUUCCUUACAACUCCGCAAGCAACUGUCUCAUCACCAAGUUCACAUUUUGACGUAUGGAAUCUUUGGCUUAGAAGUCUUGAAAGACCUUGAAACGGGUCGUCGAGUGGCAGCUGUUUUUAGAACCGAAAACCUUGGCACCUUCGAGACUCCUGGAAUGUUUUACAAGAUCACCUACAUUGUCCAUCAAGUAUUUUUAUUUAUUGGGAUGGCCUGCCAACUUCAUAUCAAGGAACCAGAGAGUUCUCAACCGGAAAAUGUAAUUGCAACCCACAUAAAAUAUAUCGGAGGCAUCAAACUUGCUCUAGGUAUUAUAUACGCCCUUUGUCCACUUCUGGAAUACGAUGAGAUUUGGGCCAGCACACUAUUCUUUGGAAUCGACUUCUUCCUUGUUCCCGUGGUUAUUCAAAUGACUGAAAUCAAGAACGCAACCACAAAUGUAAUUACUACUGUUCCUAUCUCUCUUCCGGUUAUUGAUGUUCAGAAAAUUGAGUUUGAUUUUAACUUGAAUUGA